AUGGAAGAGGUCGAUCGACCAUGGGCACCGCCGAUCUGGGCACCUGACACACUCAACUACAGAAAAUUUUUCAAUGCGUCCGUGUCGGGAGACAUGCAAGCGAUGCAGGAGGCUCUGGCUAGCGGAGAAAUCAAUGUAAAUGCGUGCCCGAAGUGGGAAGACUGGGAAGGCGAAACAGCCCUGCACCGAGCCGCUGAAUGCGGUCAUCUCGAGCUUGUCCAAUUGCUUAUCUCUCAUGGCGCCGAUAUCGACCGGAGGGAUGUCUCGCCAGUGGGACCAAAAACAGCCCUGCACAUUGCCGCCCACAAUGGGCACGUUGCCAUUGUCCAGGAGCUCCUACAGAAUGGGGCCGACGUGACCACCCGUGGUGAGAUGGGAGGCCCUCUUUUGAAUUUCGUACUGUGGCUGAAACGGAGCAUUUCCGAAAAGGAUUACGAGGUCAUCGACCUGGUGCUGAGCCAAGGGGGUUAUGAUAUUCAUUCAUGGCUCAUGGAAAUGGGCGGCACGAUACUCCAUCAGGCGUCUGAGAUUGGAGAUCUCACGCUCAUUCGGUUUUUAGUAGACCGUGGAGCCGACUGUAACUACAUCAUCCCGACCUACGAGGACGACACUGUGUUACACAGCGCUGUCAUGUAUAAUCAAAUCGAUGCAUGCCGACUGCUUAUUGAGUUAGGGGCCUAUGUCACUCCUAGCGCAUUCGCCCAAGCCUCUUGUAUGGAUAUGGUUGAGCUUCUACGUCCACACCUCAGCCAGUUAGAUAUAUCGACCAGUGGAGUUUUGAAUCAUGCCUCCGAGCCCGGCUUCGUACGUGAUCUGUUGGCAAGCCAGAUAGUCAACGUGAAUGAUCUGGAUCUGAGAGGCGAGUCAGCGCUUUUAGUGGCAUGCACUCACCCUAAAAACAUAGAGAUGCUUGAAGUCUUACUAGAAUUUGGGGCUGAUCUUCAUGUUUGUGGUUCUCGAGAAGUACUGGGCCGGAUAUUCAAGGGGGACACCCCGUUACAUCGGGCAGUAGCAUUUGCUUCUUCCACGGCCGUCACUCUCCUCAUUCAAGCCGGGGCGGAUCUGGAAGCCAGAAACAAACCGGGGCAAACCCCGUUAAUUCGAGUUGCGAUGUCUGGCGAGAAUAAACCUCGCACGGAACUUUUUGAUGUUAUUGUAAAGGGAGGAGUAGAUGUCAAUGCCGGGGACUCAGAACACAAUACAGCCCUUCAUCAUUUAGCCAUGCAGAACAUGCAUAUCAGAAGUCCGCGGGAAUGUCUGACGGUCUUCCAAUUACUCGUGAAAGCGGGUGCGUUGACCAACUUGGUUAACUCGCAAGGCAAAACGUGCUUGGAAUUAUUCAGUUCAAGUGCAACCUUUCGCGAAUUCCUAGAUACGCUCUAUCCAUAG